CACUCUUUUUUGUCCAAACUCUCACAUUCAUUCAAUCCCAGUCUCACCCUCAAUUCUGAGGCCCAAAAAAUUUCACUCCAUCUUCCAAACUUGACUUUCUUCAUCAAUGGUUGCCAUGUUAUACUCUUCUUCUUCUUCAACAACACAUCUUCCAUCCCUCUCACCUUCAUCCAAAACCCACCUCACAAUCCACUCUUUUCUCAUUCUAAAGCCCAAAGCUCACACCUUUUUGGCCUCAAUCAAAGCUUCUGAAAAUGGGUCAGGAAGUAUAGCCAUUGCUGUUGAAAAUGAGAAGAAAGUUUCUGACCCGGUUGAGGGAAACGGGGCUCCACCUCUUGAAGAGGAAAUGGUUGUGAAAUUUGAAGAUCCGAAAUGGGUUUCAGGGACUUGGGAUUUGAAGCAGUUUCAGAAAGGUGGAGUUACUGAUUGGGAUGCUGUUAUUGAUUCUGAGGUUAAAAGGAGGAAAUGGCUCGAAGACAACCCGGAAUCAUCCAAUAACGACUUCCCUGUAGUAUUUGACACCUCGAUUAUUCCCUGGUGGGCAUGGAUGAAGAGAUUUCAUCUUCCUGAAGCAGAACGACUUAAUGGCCGAGCUGCAAUGGUCGGGUUCUUCAUGGCUUACUUUGUUGAUAGUUUGACCGGGGUUGGUCUAGUUGACCAAAUGGGAAAUUUCGUCUGCAAAACACUUCUAUUCGUAGCAGUAGCUGGUGUUUUGCUUAUUAGGAAAAACGAAGAUUUGGAUAAUCUGAAAAAACUGCUUGACGAGACUACUUAUUAUGACAAACAAUGGCAAGCAACUUGGCAAGACGAGAAGAAAGACUAAUCAGUUUACCAUCGAAGUCUUUUGCUUUCUAGAAAGUAGUCAAAGUUGCACUUCAAGAAUCAAGUUUCCUACUUGUUAACUUAAAUUUAAAUUGUACCCUUGUUUUGAAUUUUUGAUAGUAUUAUUUAAUGUUGUGAUUUGUUAGUUUGUUUA